CGGCGGCCGCGCGCAGCACGCUCGGUGCCCGGAUGGCGGCGGCGGCGGCGGCUGCUGGAAGCGGGACUCCCCGCGAGGAGGAGGGGUCGAGUGGGGAGGUAGCGGCCCCGCAGCCGCAAGCCCCGACGAGUGCGCCCGGGGCUCGUCUUUCCAGGUUGCCUCUGGCGCGAGUGAAGGCCUUGGUUAAGGCGGACCCCGACGUGACGCUUGCGGGACAAGAAGCCAUCUUCAUUCUGGCACGAGCCGCGGAACUGUUUGUGGAGACUAUUGCAAAAGAUGCCUACUGCUGUGCUCAACAAGGAAAGAGGAAAACCCUUCAGAGGAGAGAUUUGGAUAAUGCAAUAGAGGCUGUGGAUGAAUUUGCUUUUCUAGAAGGUACUUUGGAUUGAUUGCUGAGCUGGGCGCUUUUGUGAGCCUUCACCUGCAUCCUUCAGCUAGCCCUCUGCAGGCCUCAGCUUUGAAGAAGAGUCCUUGGAAUGUCACACAUAUAGUUUUCCUGUUCUAACUUCAACUAAGCUGGAAUUAACAGAGAUCUCGCCUGUUAGUUUUUCUCUACAAGAUCUUCUGCUGCUGUGUCUUCCACUUCUGGCCUCAAUGCAGCUGCUGCUGCUUGAGACAGAGAAAAAGGGAAUAAUUUGUGUAGAUUGCUUAAUGAAUGGUAUGGGCCAGAAUAAAGAUGUCUGAUCAACUUCAAGCCAGUGUGUUUUAUAG